AUGAGGGUAGCAGUGAAUUAUGAUGGUUUGAUUGGGACUCCUGAACAAUUAAAGUACGAUAAAAUGUGUCAACGCUUUGCUACACUGGCUGACAUGACUGUGGAUGAUGAUGUCGAAUUUGAUGUCAUAAUUGAUUGGAUCAACAGUCAAUGUCAAAAAAUGAUGAUGUUGAGAUCAAGUAGUAAUAGUAAUGUCUUGCGUAAUACUCAGACACCAUCCAAAUGUGGAGCAUCACAGCGUAUUGCGAGUGGUAGCAUAAGGGAUCCGGAAAGUGCGAAAAGAAAAGGUGCCCCUAAGAAAAUUCGGAAGAAGAGCCCAUUGGAAUCGAGUUUGAACAAAGUCAAGGGAACUUUGAGUUCAGCCAAAGGAAAGAAACCGAAGGUUAGCACAAGCAAUAAGAGAAAUGUUACACCCAUCAUUCUGCCACCUGGAGAAUUACACACGCCACUACCUUUCUCCUAUACAAGCCUCCUUAUGGGGGACCAACGAAUGGCUGCUAGAUUGGCCACUACAAUGUGUAACUCACUGAAAGAGAGACCAGUUUGGAUAUUUCAAGGAAAAGAGCCUCCCCAAUUUUUUGCAAUCUUUCAGCCUAUGGUGAUCUUGAAGGAAGGUGCCCUGUAG